AUGGAGGCUUUUAAGUUUACAAUUUACUGCUGCAUCAUUCUCCAAGCAUUUGCAGGAGGUCCCAUGUACAUUCCAUCAUCAGAAAUUCCUGAUUCAUUUUCGAUGUUAUCAUCAUCGAGACCAGCUUGUGAAUUUUGUAACAGCGUAUAUCUUUAUGCAAUCACUCCAUCAAAUGCAGGAUGUGAUCCUGGUUCAAGUUUAGCAUACGGUGUGUCAAUGAUCAUUGGAAGUAAUGUAUUCUCAGGAGUUUGUGCUGGUUUUGACCAAGUUGAUUUUGAUAAUGCUGUGACCAAUGCAUCAAUUAAUUCUACAAUUGAUAAUAUUGCAUUUUCACACGAUGGAGAGACCUCGUCGUAUAGCAAACCUUAA